CGUGUGCUGAGCGCCAUGGCGGCGGCCGCGGGUCCGGCUCUGCGGUGCUCGCUGUUACAGCGCCGGCCCCUCCGCUGCGGGCCGGGUCUGCGGCCUGUGCCCGGCGGGGGAGCUUCCCUCAGGCCGUGCAGCACGCGGGUGGCACAGGACGGCAUCAACAAGCCCGUCAUAGACCGCAUCAUCCGCGUGGACCAUGCGGGGGAGUACGGGGCGAACCGCAUCUAUGCGGGGCAAAUGGCCGUGCUGGGCAGGUCCAGCGUGGGGCCCGUCAUCCAGCAAAUGUGGAAUCAAGAAAAAGACCACCUGAAAAAGUUCAAUGAGCUCAUGGUUGCAUAUAGAGUCCGACCUACUGUUCUAUUGCCUUUCUGGAAUGUAGCAGGUUUUGUUUUAGGGGCUGGAAGUGCUUUACUUGGAAAGAAGGGUGCCAUGGCUUGCACAGUGGCUGUGGAAGAGAGUAUAUCAGAGCACUACAACAACCAGAUCCGAACUCUCAUAGAGGAGGAUCCAGAAAAAUACAAAGAACUACUGCAGGUAAUAAAGCAAUUCCGGGAUGAUGAGCAGGAGCACCACGACAUCGGGCUUGAGCACGAUGCAGAAGCUACACCAGCUUAUUCUGUUUUGAAGACAACCAUACAACUUGGAUGCAAAGCUGCAAUAUUUUUAUCAGAAAGAAUUUAGUUACAUUUUCCAUAAUAAUUAUGGCAAUAAAUUGUGACAUAAAAGCAUAUGGAAAUUGUGGAAGACUCAGCUAUUUUAUUCAGCCUUUUAAAUCUUUCUGCACUAAGCACUUGAUUCAGCCAUCCUUUGUCACACUGAUAUAGAUAUUAAAAAAUAUCUAUAACUAAAGUCAGUUGAGCUAAAUAUGAAUAAAGGUGGCAGAAUUGAGUCUGUGUGAA